AUGAUUGAUUCUAAAUUGCUUCAAGACAAUUAUCAAUUGGUGCAAGACACUGUUCAAAAGUACCUCGAAAAGUAUGUGCUGGAGCCAAGCAAUCUGGAGUACUCUGAAGCCAAGAAAUUAGCCAUUCAGCUUGGCGUAUCUACUGCUGUUGCCUACUUUUUGUUCAAGACAAUACUGUACAGACUUUAUAUCAACCCUGUCAAUCGCAUCCCGGGUCCCAAAGUAAGCUGGAUACCUUUUAUGGGCAACUUCCCAGAAAUCAUCAAGGAAGAAGCAGGUGUACCUCACAAGAGAUGGGCCGACAUCUACGGCGGUAUCUUUACAUACCAUGGCCCAUGGAACAUACCUCGAGUUACUGUGACAGACGACGUCCUCUUGAAACAAAUCUUGACCUCCAACGAGUACGACUACAUCAAGACACCUGAAGCAUCUGCUUUUCUGCGUCGCUUCUUGGGAGACGGAUUGCUUACUGCUGAAGGUCAAGCCCACCGUCAUCAACGCAAAAUGCUGAAUCCUGCCUUCUCUGUCAAUGCGAUCCGUUCUAUUCUCCCUCUUAUGGCUAAACCCGGUCAUCGACUUCGCAAUGAAUGGUUGGACAUGAUCAAGGGACCAAACAAUAAGGUCAAGGCAACGGAAGACGGCCAAGAAUACACCGAAAUUGAAAUCUCCACUGGUUUAUCCUUGGCUACGCUGGAUGUAAUUGGUUGGGCAUUUGGUCAAGAUUUCAAGUCGCUGGAGCAUGCUGGUACACCUCUUCAAAGUAAAUUGAGUCAAGCUUACCUCCACAUCUUUUCAAACGAUGUCACCUUUUGGCGUGUACUGUCGUUCCUGUUCCCCAUCUUCAAUCACUUGCCCACCGAGAGAAACUUCAAGAUGAAGAGAGCUGUGCGAUGGCUUGAAGAUGAAAGUAGAAAUCUUGUACAAGCGGGUAUUGACAGAGCCCAGGAAGCAAAGGCAAAGGGCAUUGUUGAUGACAAGCCAAAGGAUCUGUUGGCUACUAUGAUUGACUUGAGAGAUGAAGAUACUGGUAAAGGCUUUACAUUGGAAGAGAUCAGAAACCAAUGUCUUACCUUCUUGGCUGCUGGUCAUGAAACUACCAGUGUGAGCUUGAGUUGGUGUCUGUGGUUGCUUGCUCAAAAUCAGCAAAUUCAAGACGACUUGAGAGCAGAAGUCCGUACCUUGUUCCAUGAAGACGAUGAAACACCCUCGUACGAAGACAUCAACGCAUUGCCCCUCUUGAAUAACGUUGUUCGCGAGACGCUUCGUUUGAUCCCUCCUGUUCCUACUACCAGUCGUGUUACACGCGUCCCUGUUGUCCUCGGAUCUUAUGUCUUACCAAAGGGUACCACUGUCUUUUUAUCCCCUAUCACAACCCACCACAGCAAGCAAAUUUGGGGUGAUGAUGCUGAGGAGUUCAACCCUUAUCGUUGGGAAGGUGAUCGCUUAGGUAAUGCUUACCAGUACAUGCCCUUUUUGGCUGGUGGUCGUCAAUGCAUCGGCUACAAGUUUGCCUUGGUAGAGUUCAAGAUCCUCUUGGCUAUCCUUAUCAGAAACAUCCAAUACAUUGAAAAGCCUAACUUUAAGGUUGGCAAGAAGCAACAAAUUACCUUGAGACCCAAUCCCAACAUGGUUAUCUGGGCCAAGGCUAUUUAA